GGGCGGCGGCCUGCUCUUUAAAGAGGAGGAAAGUGAAAGUAAACCGCCCAGAGCCCAAUGGGUGCACACGCUGAAUGAGCAACACACUUCUGCGGCACCACAGCAAGCGUGAGUCUGGAUGAUCGCGGUGGCAGCAUGACAUUAUUCACAUACAUGACCUACGCGUUUGUCUUCGUGUUCCUCAACACAAUGCAUCCGUCGGAGGGCGGCUGUCUGGACCAUCUGACAAAUUUGACCAACGUGAAUCUGAAGGAAGGCUUUGGUUUGGUGAUUGAAAAUCGCAAGGUCCAAAUGAGCUGUACUUUACAGAGGGAGUGCAAGCGGGGAAACGGAACAAGGAAAGCGUGUGAAUUGCUACGCGACUGCUUUAACCUGAAAAUAGAGGACGAGAUACUUCCCGAGUGUUUAGAGCAAAAAUCUGUGAAAGUCCAUUUCUCUCACAUCAUGUGUUUGAUAUCCGGAAGGUUCGACCACGUUUCUCGAGGCGUCACAGCCUGCAACUACGAAAACGUGUCCGAAAUACUCGAUGUACGAAAACAAUGUGCUGGUUCCAAUCUGACAACAACACCAGCGACAGGAACAGCAACAGUUUCUGAUCUGACAACACAGACGAAAACAGCAGUAGCAGCACCAGUACCCCCACCAGUACCACCACCAGUACCACCACCACCACCAACAGCAGUUUCUGAUCCGACAACAACACAGACGACAACAACAACAACAACAGUAGCACCAACAACAAUGAAAUCAAAGGCAACAGCACCGGCUCCGAGUCCCAACGCGACUUCUCUAGAUCCCGAUGUUUCUGAUCCGACAACAACACAGACGACGACAACAACAGUGUCAGAAAUCACAACAACAGCAACACCAACAACAGGAAUGCUUUCAACAUCAGAGGCAGCAGCAGCGGCCCAAAGUCCCAACGCAACUUUUCCAGAUCCCAAUGUUUUUGAUUCGACAACAACACAGACGACAACAACAGUGUCAGAAAUCACAACAACAGCAGCAACACCAACAACAGGAAUCCUUUCAACAUCAGAGGCAGCAGCACCGGCCCAAAGUCCCAAGGCGACUUUUCCAGAUUCCAAUGUUUCUGAUCCGACAACAACACAGACGACAACAACAGUGUCAGAAAUCACAACAGCAACAGCAGCAGCAACACCAACAACAGGAAUGCUUUCAACAUCAGAGGCAGUAGCAGCGGCCCAAAGUCCCAACGCGACUUUUCAAGAUCCCAAUGUGAACCUGCAGAGGCUUUUAUGGCUGUCUAUGGUCUUCCACGUCAUCGUGCCAGUUGCUGUUUACCUCUACGUGCGCCGCCAAUGGAGGCGGGACAAGGCAUCCUACAUGUCCAAUGGGAAAUCAACAGAGGACAAGCAGAAUACAGAGGUUGCAUUGAUGUUAGACGCACCGAUGACAUUUGUGAAGAGCAACGGACAGACCUCAGGAUUGCUCCAGCUGGACGGGUAUUCGGACGACGAAGACGAAUCGGAGCUGUCAGGACGCCCCACCCGCCUCUAACGACGUCGCACCUGCUUGCACUUCUACAUGCUGCACGUCUGCGUGAGCGGAACAAGGUGUUUGGAUCCCGGGAGGAUCGGCUCUGCCCCGGGACCGUUGUAACGGGGACAGACAGAAUUGGAAUGAGCUGCGGCAGAGUUGUUGGCCCGCAGCAACACAUACCAAGGACGCCGGCCGUCGGGCGCAACACGCUGCGGUUAUGUUGUGGUGGAGUUUCAGCUGAUUCCGUAGGGAAUACAUUGCUUUUACAUUUUUCUUUUGAAUCAUUUACCCUUUUAACCUUCCACUCUUUAGUUUCGCCACUCAGUGAACCGUUUGCGGCUUUUUGGCAGCAGGAUUUUCAACGUUGUUUUAAAAAGUUCUAAACGGAGCAGCAGGUGAAAUAAAGUUCUGUGGACCUCCAAAAGCAUUUCCCUUCUUAAAAGUGAUGCUUUUAAUUUUAUAUUGGUAUAUAUACAAAAUGAAAUCAUAUCAUUAGCAGCAUUUCAUUUAUCUUCCUGUCAUCAUAUUAAACAUCAUAUUAACCCCGCUCCUGUGUUAGGAUCAGUACCAGUACUGUCCUAGCUUUUAAAUGCAUUGUUUAUUGACUUUUCAGGAACCUGUUUUUUUCACGUUAAAAUAUAGGAUGGUAACAGAAAGCAAAGGCGUAACCACGCAUCCUUUGGGGGGGUCGUGUCCCCCCUCAAUAUUGAGAAAAUACCAAUCUGUCCCUCUCAAUAUACAGCAGAAACGCACCGGGACUCUUUGAGUGCCGGAUCGCUCGGCUCAGCGGGCCGUAGUGACCCGCGCCCCCCCGCCCCGUCAGCACAGCGUCCAGCGGACCCCCCAAUGUCCAAACUAUGGUUACACCCUUGACAGAAAGCCAACAUAGAGGAAUUUCACAUAGCAUUCAAGAUGGGAAUUUACCCGUCUUCUGCUUGUGUGGUGCUUUUUUUUACUCUAUUUAAAAAACAGCGUCUUUUUCUUAUGUGUGAAGAUAUUUAUGUUGUUUUUUUUGACAGAAUAUUGUGACUGUCUCUGGUUGUAUGUGAAGAGUUUUUUUAAACGCACUGAUGGAAUCAAUGAAUGUUUCGAGAGCUGAGAAGGCGGCGCGGUGUUAUUCUCAUUGGUUGAUGCAUUACUAACAAUUUGAAUUACUAGAACAUUCAGCGGAAAUUUGUCAGUUAUUUAGCUUCCAAUCUGAACCUCAAUCCGUUGAGGCUCGUCACACAUUGAACACUGAGUAUCUUUAAUAAGACAGUAUUGUGACACGUUGAAAUCCUUUUGAACACUGAAUCUUGUCAAUAAGAGGCUGUUGUGACACUUUGUUAUUGUUUUUAAGUGCUUGUUAAAGACAGUUGUUGCAUAUAUUCAUUCAAGAUGAUCUUUUUGUAAAGGAAGACUUAUUCCUCAUUUGGCAGCACAUUUUGUGAAACACCUGAAUAUGAAUCAGUACCUUUAAGCUAGAUCUGAUCUAUGUAUUAUUUAACUGUGUAAUUCUGUCAACAUCUGAAGAAAUCUUACUAAUCUUAACUAAUCUAGUGUAAUUCUGUCAACAUCUGAAGAAAUGUAAUCUUACUAACCGUUUUACCCAUUGGAGAGUUGAAUCCAGCUGUUUUUAGACACCUGUUCGGAUGGCUUUGAUUUGAAUAAAAAAACCUUCCUUGAACACGUCUGUGCAGCUUCCAGGGAUUCAGUUCAGUAAACAAGGGUUGCUCAUAUAAAUAAAGUCAUUUUAAACAAA